GCCGUUCCUCCUCUUCCCUCCGCACCUCUCUUCGUCUGGCAACAUGAACGUAUUUAGGCUGCUUGGGGACCUCUCCCAUUUGGCGUCGAUACUCAUUUUGUUGCAGAAGAUCCAGUCAACGCGGUCAUGUCGAGGCAUUUCGUUCAAGACCCAGGCAUUGUACGCCACGGUAUUCAUCGCACGCUACCUGGACCUGUUCUACGAAUGGGUGUCCCUCUACAACUUCACGAUGAAGGUCUUCUUCAUCGCGAGUAGCUGCUACAUCCUCUACCUCAUGAAGUACAAGUACCGGCCAACACACGACCCCUCCAUAGACACGUUCCGCGUGGAGUACCUGCUCGGCCCCUGCGUCGUGCUCUCGCUGCUCUUCCACUACCGCUUCACGAUCCCCGAGCUGCUCUGGUCUUUCUCCAUUUUCCUAGAGGCAACCGCAAUCCUGCCACAGCUCUUCAUGCUCCAGCGCACGGGCGAGGCGGAGACAAUCACCACACACUACCUCGCCGCACUUGGCGCGUACAGGGCACUCUACAUCCCGAAUUGGAUCUACCGGUACUUCACGGAGGACAUGGUCGACCCCAUUGCCGUCACCGCGGGCAUCGUCCAGACCGCGCUCUACCUGGACUUCUUCUACGUAUACUUUACGAAGGUUCUGCAAGGACAGAAGUUUGAGCUCCCUGCAUAGUUGUCUGCGCUCCGAAAAUAAUGUAUUGCGUUUGCCAUCUUGGUUGAUGGCACGGCUACGACUGCGCAGCGCGCGCUCCGACGCUUCCGAGCCCUACGCCCUCGGUAUAUAGGUUACGAAAGCUUCACUCUUGUAAUGCAUUCACGUCGUGUUUUCGCGCUCCUGACCAUGUUGUGCCCUAGAACACGUCGAGCAUCCCAGCUACUUGCGCAUACACGGACUCCUUUGGCUUGGUGGACUCGCCACGCGGUCUCGUGUACCCGAUAUUGCUCCUACAACGUCCUCCAAUGGGCGUGCGUCGUAUGUUUGGUCGGAAUGGAUGACGGUUCGUGCGCCCCGUCAUGGUGCGAUGGCUAUGUUUGCAUGCGCAGUUGACCUGCCGGAGUAUGUUGCUUGAAGACGCGGGGCGUAUGAAAGCUGCGUGCGAGACGACGUUCAGCUAAAGACCCCACCCAACUCGAGUGUGGGACUUUGCUCAACGUCCAUCUGCUCCGGGUGGAAGACGCGUCCGACCCGGCGAAUGCGCGUAUACACACGCCCCGCGAGCUGCACGUCCACGACGUACAGGUCGUCCGGCUCCUGCUGCCGACGACUGAACGUGAGCCGCACAGACCUGUCCGCGUCGCCGAACGUCUUUGACCCGUCCGGCCAGCAGCUGAUGUGGUGCCGCUCGCACUCGUCCGGGGACGUGUACUGGUGCACCUCGAGCGGGUACGCCUCCUCCUCCGGCUCCUCGUCCUCGUCCUCCGCCGCGCACGUCGAGGACGACCCCCACGCGGGCGUGAACGACACCGUCGCCCACAGCGCGUCCUCGCACCGCCCGAGCUGCACUGCGAACGCCUCGCCCGUGACCGCAUUCGCGAACACGACGCUGCGCAUGUGCCAGCGCGUGUACAGCACGGGCGUGCGCAGCGCCGCCGGCCGCUCCUUGUCGCCCGCGGGUGCCGGCGCGGCGCGGAACCCGCGCUUGUCGAGCUCGACGAGCAGCCAGGCGGGGAAGAGGAAGCGGAGCGGAAUGGUCCGUACGCGCGCGGGCCCGCUGCUGCGCUGGGGCGGCUGUGCGAGAUAGAGCUUCCGCCACUUGAGGGCGAGGCGGCGGGCGCGUGCUGGCGCGAGGUCGUGUGCGGCGGGGUUGAUGAUGAGGAGCCGAUGGCGCUUGAGCGGCUGCUGGUUCAGGUUGUCGGCCUUGAGGUGGGAGGGGAGGCCAGCGUAGUACUGUGCGGACUUGGCGUUGUUACCUGGUGCCUCGGUGCGCUGCAGGACGAGGCCGAUGCCUGUGCGGAUGCCGGUGUCGUUGCAGACAUGCUGGCACGCGAGCACGCCGACGCUGAACGAUCCGUCGCCUGCGCGGUCUUCGAUGACGGGGAGGCGGCAGCGUAUCCCGUGGCUCGUCACGGUGAACUCUGGUACUUGCAUGCGAGGGUUCUCCGUGUGCCCAAGCCGUUUUCGAAGCAGUUCCCGCAUGGCGUGUAAUUUGCUACCGCGAAAAAUGGCAGACGCGGUCUCUAUCGCGACGUCCAUGGGCACAGGGACCAUGUCUGCAGAAUGGGCAAACGCGGCUGGCGACGGCGCGAGCAGGUAACUUUCGGGGUCCCGAGAUCGGGGCGAAACCUUCUCUCCUGUUGAGAGUGGGAGCGCAGAUAUUGGGACUCUGUCACCCCAGGCGAAGAUGGUCUGGUCGGGCGACUGCUUGAUGAUCUCUUCCUGCAGACGCUGGAACGCGCGGCGACCCUCCCCAUAGAUCGUCGGCAUGCUGACGUUGAAGAUGCCCAUGAGCGCGUACGCCUGGUCCUCGAUACGCGUCGUGCGUCGCCCCGCGGCCCACGACAUACGGCGCGCGACGCUGAUGUCCGACAGCUUCCGGCGGAACGUCAGCACGUCCGCGUCGAUGCCGGUGACCUCCCCGAGCACCCGCGCGAGCGCAGCCUUUGUCCCCAAAACGGUCCACGUCUUUGAAAGGAAGACGACGGAGUCGGGCGCGAUGAGCUCCUGCAGCGUCCACCCGCGCGUGAACCACUCGCUCCCGCGGAACGCAGACCCGGGCGCAGCGGGCGACUCGUGCUUCGGGACGUCGUGCAGGUAGACGUAGCAGACCUGUGCGCGCGCGUACCAGUCGAACAUGGAGUUGAUGGCCUCGGAGAGCUCUGCGCUGCUCGUCUUGUCGAUACAGCAGGUGUCGAUCCACAGCCACUGGUAGCCGUGCGCCUCGGCGAGCGCACAGCACUCGCGAAGCUUGGCGGAUGCACGACUGCGCGGGACGCCGUCUUGGUAGAGGAGGCCCUGCACUUCCUGGAAGGACUGCUCCUGCUUCUUCCAAACGUGCGAGAGGAUGGCGUAGCCGCCUUUCACGUCCUCGGGUCCGUUAAAGUACUUGAGUACUGCAUCUUCUGUGCUUAACAGCC